CCACAUUCCAUUUAAGGCGUUUGUCAGUUUUUAAAUUUGUCAAGCGAAUAUUACUGGUGCAUUCAAAAUCCAAUUAAUUUGUAAAAUUCUAAGCUGGCUGCCAUAAAUCAUAUAUUGUAUUAAAAAACACCGAAAUACGCCGUGACUAGCGCCUGUGGGCGUAUAGUUUAUUUAUCAUGGACAAAUUUGUAACCAGAGCGCCAACAUGGCAAACACUAACAUAUACAACUGCACUUGAUAGAUCGCGAAAAAAUAUCCUGCUGAAGAAUGUUAUUGUAAAAAAGAAGCCUUUACAAGAAAGCCAACUAAAGCAGUCCUCGGUGGAGGUAAUGUCGCCUCAGCGAAACAAGCGUCGAUUAAGUAUUCGGGAUGAACAAUUAUUGAAAAUUUUUGCAAGCCGACCUGACCAACCUUUGGUACCACCGAACGAGGACAGUGGACUAAGCAGUUCAUCCCAAGGCUCUGUAGAAAAUUUCAACGAUGUUGCACAUGGAGCAACUGAUGAGAAUCAAACAUGGCCUGUGAAAACAAGUAACUUGUGUGAAUUGAGAGACUAUGUGGGCAGCGCCGAUACUACGCGUUCACAGCAAAAUCUCUUCAUUUCCCAAACGCCACCAGUAACUUUAGAUGAAGUUGUAUUUGAUGUCACCCAAAAUAACCCUGUAGCUAUUACUUCUGGAACCGCUAUCAACCCCAACACUGAAAGAAAUAUAAAAUAUCAAGCCAACUGUAAUAACAACGAAGGAAGUCUUGCCGAGGAGACUGCUGCAACUGCAACCUCUAACCAGCAUCCACAAAUGGCGCGCAUACAACGUGAUCUGAAUAGUCCGUCUGCCAACGCACGUGUGCGAGCGAUCAGGGCGUUAAAAAAUCCAACAAAAUCUACUUACACCAAUUUUGAUGUACCCUACGAAGAACAAAAUAUUAUUAGUGUGGCAGAGCGUCAACCACCUCCACCGCUUUCUAUAGAGGAACUCAUGCGCGACAUUGUUGUAUAUGUGGAAGUACGCACCGGUGAAGAUAAUCGUUCUGAAGGUGUGAAGAAAGUGAUUUCACAACUAGGUGCACGCGUAAAUGACAAAUUAUUACGAGGUACAACACAUGUGAUAUUUAAAGACGGUCUAUUGUCCACAUACAAAAAAGCGAAGAACUGGAAUAUACCAGUUGUUUCAAUUUUAUGGGUUGAAGCUUGCAAAAAUAAGCGAACGAUUUGUGAUCCCAACGAGUUUCCCAUAUCCAAUAUAGAUCGCUAUGAAAACCCCGAGUUAUACGAAAAGAUGAAGCGUCACAAGUCCAUGCAACCGGACUCAGAGUGCAAUAAACGUGUUCGUCUGAAACAGGGUACACCAAAAGACAACACCCCCAAGACUGUAGCGGAAUCGCUUACCAAAACUUCAUCAGAUUUUAAUACGCCAAAAUCGAGUAGAAAACAGACUGAUAUAAGUCAAUACUUCAGAAAACUAGCUAGUUUUAAUAGCACACCUAUAGCUGAUAAUAACGUUUUACCUGCGUCAACAACAUCGAUAACGAAAGUUCAAGAUGUGGCCGAGUCACCCGCUACCCAGCUGUUGAAUCGAAUUGAGAGCAACUCGUUUACGCCCCUUCAACCUAGACAAUUCCAAUUCGAUACAAAAUCAACAACUUUAUCGAUGGCAAUGUCACUCAAGACCUCAAAAAGUGGCAAUCUGUCCGAACACACUAUUAUAUCAACCGAGUCAAAGAAAUGUGUGCAUUCCCCAUCUCCUUCACCUAGUCAGCGGAUAGCUAGAAAGACGAAUCCUAAUUUGGCGUCACCGAAAAAACGUGUUUUACGCCGGCGUUCCAGUAUACAAAUGCCUAUAGCACGGAGUAAAAGUGAUUACUCACUGCAAGUGACUGAAACGGUUACGCCUGGUCGAGUUACACGUCGGCGAAGCUCAAUACAUACCACCGUUAAUAUGAGCCUCAGUACACUUGUACCAAAUACGCCUGAUCUAGUGUCGAAUGCCAAUCAAACCACAUUUAGUGCAAUUCCCGAGGAGAAUGGAGGAAAUACUUCAAAGGCAAGUGCAAACAAAGCUGCUGCUCGUGCGCGCAAUAUGAAAAGUCCAAAAGAAGACUUCGUUACUAGAAGUCGUAUAACAAGACGACGCACAUUAUACACAAACAAAACACCGGAAAUGUCGCCUAAGAAGAAAGAAAAAACAACAAGACGUCGCACUCUAUAUACACCGAAGCCCAUAGAGGAAUGUUCAUUGGCUCAAAUAAAUGAAACACCACAAGUUCUUGACGAAAAUUUACUAAAGUUUGCACUAACACCCACAACACUAAUAGACAAGAGUAAAGAAAGCUUACAAGAGAAUGAAAAGAAGAAAGAAAAUGGAGUUGGUGCAUUAAUUGAAGAGCAUUCGGCCGCAGUGGUAUUCAGCUCAACUCGAUUGCCCAGUGCCAAUCGACGGCGUACACUCUUCGACGUUUCAAUGGACAUAAUUCAACAACGUCUACACAAUAUAAAUAACUCCGCAAGGCGAGUAAUGGCCCAAGAGUUGGCUUGCGUCGAAAAGAGUCCAAGCAUAUUUCCACCUACAAUAAAUACAAAUGCUACAACGUCUACAACGAAAGCCGCCAUCGAGUUUGAUGACGAAAUUGAUAAGAAAGUAGUAGCUGCAACAGAUACAACACCUGCUUCGACGCACACAAUUUCUCCCCGUAAGACUGUUAAGAAACGUAAAUUAUUCGUACCCAACGAUACCUCGCUCAUUUUGACUGCCACGCCUCCGACAUCUGCAAAGAAGAGUACCACUGAAUCAAACUCAAAACGCAGACGUACCAUGACACCAAAUGUAAUCGAAAAGCGAUCAAUACAAAAACCGCGCAGCAGUAUUGCCGUGAAUGGCGGCAGCUCACAUUCAGAUAUGAUAAUUAAACCCUCAUCGCCGCUACCGAUUACGAAUGUAACAAAAAGUGAAGUACAGUUAGUGCCCACGCUAACGAAUGAUUUGGCAAAAAAUGAAAAGGAGCCAAUAUUAAAAGGGUCGUGUCCACAGUUGGAAAGAAAUGCAUCCACAAUAAAUUGUAAAGGGAACGAGCAACUUCCAAGCGUAACCGAAAAAUGUGAUGUUGUUCCAGAAGUAGCACAGAAAUCUCUAUUAAUAAAAGAUGCAGAAGUUGCAACGUCAACAACGCAAACUAAUGCCACCACAAUAAGUACAAUACUGCCGAAAUCAAACGGAUCAUUUAUGAGCUUAAUUUCAAGUAAAACUUCCGAUACUGUAGUAAACAAACAAUUGCAACAUGACAUAGAAGUUGAUGAAAAUAUCGCUGUAAAUACGCCCUCCGAUUCUGUGAUAUUAUCACAACCAACUGCUGCGCCUUCAACUACACUUGUUGAUAAUGCAAAUUUACUAACAACGACCCAGUCUCAAUCUCAACCGAAAGUCGUGACAAAGUCUCAAAUGAGUGCAAUGCCAUGCGAAGCGAAAAGUGCAGCGGCGGUGGUGGUUGCAGCGGCGGCGAGUGUUGCUAGCACACAACUGACCAAAAGCGCUUCUGGCGGCAAUAAAAAAUUGCCAUAUAUUGUGUGCACCAACAUGCACCGGGAACAAGUCAAAGUGAUACGUGAGGCAAUUGCUACGCUUGGUGGCCUGCAACUAAAUCACUGUGUCAACGACGACACGACGCACGUGAUUAGUUACGAACCGCGUCGUACGUUGAACUUACUGCGCGGUCUAAUACGCGGCCUCUGGAUCUUGGAUUACAAAUGGGUAAUAGAUUCGCUAAAGGCCGGCAGUUGGCUAAAUGAGGAAGAAUAUGAGUUGAGGGUGUUUUCACGUGCCGUUGAGAUUUGUCGUACUGAACGUCAGGCUUUUGGCAAUACAUACAAAUGCGAACUCUUUACGGACUUAGGUGCAUUUUACAUAUCAUCGCGUUGUGGUCCCAUUUCGAAGGACAAUCUGAAGGAGUUAAUUGUAUUGUGCGGCGGCAAAAUGGUUGAUCAUCGCAAACGUGCAAAAUAUAUAAUCGGUGGUGCGCACGGAGCGCUCGAAGGUAAAGUCUACGUAAACCCAUUCUGGGUAUUGGAUAGCAUUACGCACAUGCAAGUGAUGCGUCAGCAAAAGUACGCCUAUGCUUCGAACCCGAUUGCAAAGCCGCCAACACCGUUGCCGCAAACGAAUGCUGAGGCAGUUGUUUCAACUUAGUUUUAUUAUUUCUAGUAACGCAUUAUUGAAUGAAGUUAGAUAUUGGUUAGGUAUAACAUACAGCUUUUUUUGGAUUUUGACACAUGAAAGCCUUCUUAUUAUUGAUUUGUAGUACAUAAUAUUUUAGUGAACAAUAUAUAUGUAUCUAAAUAAA